AGGAAUAGAAACCGCAGACGAUGCUGAAUUGACUUAACCGCUGCUCCGUCGCGCCUCUCGAGAUAAUCCAACAAACCACCACAAACCCCAAUCGCCGGCGCCAUCGCCACCGCCACCGCGACAUGCCAGUCUUCAAGACGCCGUUCAACGGAUAUUCCGUCAAAUUCAGCCCAUUUUACGAGAAUCAGGUCGCGGUCGCUACCUCCCAGAAUUUCGGUAUACUCGGGAAUGGCAGAGUACACGUUCUCCAGCUCGGGCCGGCCAUCACUGAGCGCGUCGCCUUCGACACCGCCGACGGGGUAUACGACCUAUGCUGGUCGGAAUCGCACGAUUCGCUCAUCGUCGCAGCCAUAGCUGAUGGCUCUCUUAAGAUCUACGACUUGUCCCUGCCCCCGACCGCCAACCCCAUCCGAUCGCUCCACGAGCACGGCCGCGAGUGUCACGGCGUCGACUUCAAUACCGUCCGAAAGGACUCUUUCCUGAGCGCUUCAUGGGAUGAUACUGUGAAAUUGUGGACCGUGGAUAGGCCAACCAGCGUAAGGACUUUCAAGGAGCACGCUUACUGCGUGUACUCCGUCGUCUGGAACCCUAGGCACGCCGAUGUUUUCGCAUCAGCUUCCGGCGAUUGCACAGCUCGCAUUUGGGAUGUGCGCGAGCCAGGGUCCACCAUGAUUCUUCCCGCCCAUGAAUUUGAAAUUCUCUCAUGUGACUGGAGCAAAUACGACGAUUGCAUCAUUGCAACCGCCUCUGUUGACAAAUCAAUCAAAGUGUGGGAUGUCAGGAAUUACAGAGUGCCGUUGGCUGUGCUCAACGGCCAUGGUUAUGCAGUGAGGAAGGUGAAGUUCUCUCCCCACAGGGGUAGCAUGAUGGCAUCUUGCUCGUAUGACAUGACCGUACGUUUAUGGGAUUAUAUGGUCGAAGAUGCCCUUAUUGGAAGGUAUGAUCACCACACGGAAUUUGCAGUUGGUGUCGACAUGAGUGUGCUUGUUGAGGGUCUUUUGGCGAGCUGCGGAUGGGACGAGCUAGUUUACGUCUGGCCACAUGGAACAGACCCCAGAGCACCUUGAUAUUGGUUAGUUCCUGUUUCUUGUUGUUAAUUGUAUAAAAGACACAGGAUCUUAUUAUCAGCAUUUUGCAAUCUUUUAGUACUAUCUUUUAAACUGAAAUAAAACAUUGUACUCUUUACACUCCCAUUUUCUGAGUCACAAUUGAAAGUGCAAUGAAUCAAUGCCAAAUUUUAAUCAUA